UGAUAAUUGCAUAAACAUUAAACAGUAAACACUUAUGUAGUAUGUACUGUGUAGUAUGUACCUACUAAGUUGUACUUUUCUAUUUCCACUUAUUAGUUAAUUAUUAUGUCAAUACCCAAUACUCAACAGUGAUCUGUUAUGUACUUAUGUAUAUAAUUUGAGAAAUGUGUGUAAUCUGUAAAAUGUCUGUCAAAUGCAAUUGACUUUAAAAUAUACUAAACAACAUUUAGUUUUGAACUUAGUAGUAUAAUAGUAAGAGAAAUAUAAUUCAAAAAUGAUGAUCUCUAAUAUAUUAACUACAACUCUUUCUCUGGGUUUUAUUGUAUCUGUUAUUCUACUAAAAGACGUACGCUCAUCAAGAGUAUUGGAACUUAGUGAUGGGUUCAUUGAAAUGAAAAACGAUGGACAUUGGUUUAUAAUGUUUUAUGCUCCAUGGUGUGGCCAUUGUAAGAGGUUAGAACCUAUCUGGCGUCAUGUUGCUCAAGCAUUACACCACUCUGAUAUAAGAGUUGGCAAAAUAGAUUGUACAAGAUAUAAAAGAGUAGUUUCAGAGUUUGGAUUGUCAGGGUAUCCUACAAUAAUGUUCUUUAGAGAUAGAGAAGGUGAAUUUAAAUUUAAUAGCGAACGAUCUACAGAAGAAAUGGUUCAUUUUGCAAAGCGCUUGGCUCGUCCUCCCGUUCAAGAGGUCACUGAUAGUAAAGACAUUGAAAUGCUCAAACAAACAAAUAAAAACUUCUUUAUGUUUAUUGGAAAAAGUGUUGGCCAUACUUGGGACCUCUUUUAUGAUUUGGCGAAACAAUAUCAAGCACAUUCUUAUUUUUAUAUUACACCUGAAAUAACUGGAAAACAGCAUUUUGUUUUUGGAGAAACUCCUGCAGUUGUGGUGUAUAAAGAAGAACAACACUACUCUUUCAAUGCUGAGGAAUGGGAUAUGGACUUCAAUACAAGCUUGACACAAUGGAUAAACACAGAAAGAUUUGAUACUUUUGUUAAAGUAACUCGAUCAAAUAUUCACCAUAUGUUGGAGACCAACAAGUACUUAGUUUUAGCAUUAGUGGAAGAGAAUAAAAUUGAAAAGUUACCUCCGCACCAUUCAGAGUUUCUUCAAAUGGUAGAAUCAGUGAUUGUGAAGAAUAGAGAACGUUUUCAUAGGAACUUUCAAUUUGGAUGGAUUGGUUCACCAGAAUUCGCCAAUUCUAUUACUUCAUCAGAUGUAACCCUGCCAUCAUUAAUCAUUUACAAUUCAUCUACUAGACAUCAUCAUUUUCCAGAAGAAAAACCACAUGAAUUGACACCUGAAUCAAUUACUUUAUUUCUAGAAGCUGUAAGAAAUCAGUCAGUAAAGGCAUAUGGAGGAAGUGGUGUAUUUAUACAGAUGUACAGGAUGUAUUAUGAGACAAAGAAGUCCUUAGUAAAUAUUUGGGUUAACAAUCCUGCAGUUGCUAGUGUUUUAUUUGGAUUACCUAUAGGGUUCCUACUAUUAAUAUGCUAUUCAACAUGUUGCACAGACAUUAUGGAUGCUAGUGAUGACGAUGAAGAUGAUGUACAUCAUGAGAAGAAAGAAUAAGCUACUCAUUCAAAUAUUCAAACGUAUUGAUUUGUUAACAGAUGUUGAAGAAAUAAUUAAAAACAAUAAAUAAGACAUAAAAUAACUAUUUAUAUACAUAUUAUUCAUGUUUAUAUAUGUACACAUACAAAAUUAUUCAAAUUUUAAUUUAUAAAAUACCUAAAAUUAUAUUGAGUUCUAGUAUAUAAAU